AACCUUAGGUAUAAAAUUUUCCAACAGUAAUUUCAUGUGUCAUAUCUGUAAUGUUUUGGAUAUUAUUUUAGGUGAUAAAUAAAUAAAAAACAUUACCAAAGAUGGAUUUAUCAAAAAUGACGAACGAUAAAAAACUUUAUUUAUGCCGUUGGUACUUUAGAGCUGGAUUAGCCUUCUUACCGUUUAUCUGGACAGUUAACGCAAUUUGGUUUUUUCAAGAAGCUUUCCGAAAGCCCGAAUAUGAGGAACAGAAAGAAAUACGCAGAUAUGUUAUUUAUUCAGCAAUAGGAUCGUUAAUUUGGUUUGUGAUUAUUGUGACCUGGGUAACAAUAUUCCAAGUGAACCGUACGAGUUGGGGCGAAUUUGCAGACAACAUUUCAUUUAUAAUACCAUUAGGAUCCCCAUAAGUCAAAAUACAAAUCAAACACUAUUUAUUCCAAUUGUCAACUUUAAUAGAAGUUCGGUAUACCUUUACUUAUAUUUUUACGACAUAUAAUUGCAACUAUUAUAUCACAAUAAAAUUUAAUAAUUUAAUUAAAA